UUUCUCUUUUGGACAUUUUACACUCAAUUUUGUUUUUGUUUUUUAUUUAGUUCCCUUUUCUCAAAAUCUAAAUCAUUUUAAAAUGCACGGGGGCAGCGCACACAGAAAGCUGAACAUGAAGUCGGCGCUCCGUCGGCAGGUUCUCCGGAAUUUGACGACAGAUCUCAUUAAGCACGGGCGAAUUGAGACCACGAUUCCCCGCGCCAAGGAGUUGCGGCGGCUGGUUGACAAAAUGAUCACCCUGGGAAAGCGCGGAACCGAACACGAUCGGCACCAGAUCGAGGCUUAUCUCUACCAGGCCAAAUCUGUCGUUCCCAUGCUCAUGGACACGUAUGCCAAGCGGUUUGCCACGCGCCCCGGCGGCUUCACUCGCAUCAUCCCCAUGGGUCACCGCAAGGGCGACCACGCGCCAAUGGCGAUCAUCGAGAUUUUGAACACGGAGCAGCCUGAGGCUGAGGUGUCCUUCAGCUACUUGGUCAGGUCCCUGGCCAGCAUGCAGUUGAAGAGCGAGACCAAGAUUGUCGAUAUUGCGAUGGCGCCAAAGAUGGAUGAGAACAAGUUGUUUGCUGACAAGAGGGAGUUUAAGAAGGCACUUGAGGAGCAAAAGGCGCGCGAGAGGUUUGCGCUAAAGAUGAAGAGAGCCAUUAGGAACGCACAGAUGUCCCCAGAGCAGCUGCAGGUGAUCGUGGAUGCUGAUGUGUCUAAUGCACAAAAGAUCCAUGAGAGGCAUACUGGCAAGAAGAUCCACCGCGUUGUCAAGGAGCUGUGGCCUGAGAACACGCCGACCAUGGUUUAAAAGGGAAAUUAAUAUACGAAUUAAAAUUGAUUUAGAAUUAAAAUCAGCAAGUAACCCAGGGAAUCGAGGCUGGGCAAUCUGGCUUUGACAUAACAACAUGGCUGCGUGUUGUGCCAUUUGCACAACUUUUAUCAUGUUUGUCGAGGCUAUUUGGCUAAUAAAUAUCUUGUCAAUUCUUGUAAA